CGUGACGUCAUCAGAGCGCGUCAUUGCCAGCUGAUCCACCGGCAACAUGAGGCGGUCGUGGCGGACCGGAGUGACCUUGUUGUUCGGAGCGGGAAUCGGAGCUUCAGUGAGCCGCCUGCUGAGUGUCACAGGCCGGGAGGAGGAGGAGCGGAGUCCCGGUCUGCUGAGCAGAGUCCCGGUGAUCCCGGUACCGACAGUCCAGGCCUCCGAGCUGACGGUGAGUCCAGGUGGUUCAGGAGCGGUGAUGAAGUAUGGCUUCCCCUCAUUGGCCAACAUCAAGACCAGAGAGUCCUACGUUACCUCAUACGACCCCCGCACACGCACUGCAUCCUGGGUAAUAGAGAGGCUAAACCCCUCCUCCUUGAGCGGCCCAUCAGACAGGAAGUACUGCGACUUUAAAGAGGACGACAGUGUGCAUGUGUUUCACAGAGCAACCAACGCUGACUACAGGGGGAGUGGCUACGACAGAGGUCACCUGGCUGCUGCAGCCAAUCACAAGUGGAGUCAGAAAGCCAUGGAGGACACCUUCUACCUGAGCAACGUCGCACCACAGAACCCUCAUCUGAACCAGAAAACCUGGAACAACCUGGAGAAACUGUGUCGCUCUCUGACCAAACGUUACCUGAACGUCUACGUCUGCACCGGACCGCUCUACCUGCCCAGGCAGGAGGCUGAUGGGAAACUCUACGUUCGAUAUCAGGUUUUAGGACGAAACCACGUCGCCGUGCCGACACACUUCUUCAAGGUGCUGAUCCUGGAGCAGGCGGAUGGCAGGGGGGUGGAGCUUCGGUCGUAUGUUUUACCAAAUGAACCAAUAGAUGAGAAUGUUCCUGUGGAGCGUUUCUUGGUUCCCAUAGAAACCAUCGAGAGAGCGUCGGGACUUCUGUUUGUCCCGAACAUCAUGAAGAGGACCGGCAGCCUGCAGGCCAUCACUGACCGAUAAACUACACGACCCACAAUGCACUGCUGCUGAAUGAGCUCAGCGUGUUGCUGCCACCAUGACAACAACAACAUUUCUUGUUCAACCUGCUGAAUGAAAAUAUAAAGUUUAAUUUAUUUAUAAUAUAGAUAAUAUUGAACAUUGUGUUUGACUUUUCUUCGAUUCUUAACAAUAAAGUGAAAUGUAUCUGAAUAAAAUCCAAGCAGCUACUUCCGAUCUGUUCGAUUAUCUGACGGCUGUUUGUUAUCAACAUAAAGAGGGUUUCACUUUGUUAAUUUGUGCACAAGAUGACGAUGAUAACGAUAAACGCAGGUUUUAAAUGUGUAAAAAUGGCUCUUCAGGAAACGGCUCACGGGACGUCCAUGUUUGUCUGAAUCUUAACUCAGGAAAUAUUUGAUAUUUACAUGUCGAUGAAAACUAUUAAUAAAUGUUUGAAAUAUUUAAA